UGCGGAGAGAGGCAAAUACACAAAUCACAAUUAGCAUUUUCUUCUCCUUCAACACAACAUCUUCGUUUCGCCAAAGCCAAACUCCCACAGAGACCUUCUUCAAUAAGCCGUCAGAACCAAAAAAAAAAAACAAAAACAAAAAUGAACAAUUUGCAGAGACCCAGACGCCGCUGCGAGGGAACCGCCAUGGGCGCCAUCGUCCUCGAUCUCCGCCCCGGCCUCGGCCUCGGCCCCUUCUCCCUCGGAAUGCCAAUUUGUGAGGCGUUUGCUCAAAUAGAACAGCAGCCGAACAUAUACGAUGUUGUCCACGUGAAGCAUUUUGACGAGGAUCCAUUGAAACUGGAUAUUGUCAUUAGCUUUCCGGAUCAUGGUUUUCAUCUUCGGUUUGAUUCCUGGUCACAGAGGCUGCGCCUUAUUGAAAUUUUUGAUGUAAAACGACUUCAAAUGCGUUAUGCUACAUCUCUUAUAGGGGGACCAUCCAUUCUCGCCACUUUUGUAGCUGUAUAUGCACUUUUUGGGCCAACAUUUCCAGGAAUUUAUGACAAAGAUAUAGGAGUUUACUUUCUGUUUUAUCCAGGACUAUCAUUUGCUUUUCCUAUUCCAAGCCAGUAUACAGAUUGCUGCCACAAUGGAGAAGCUGAAUUACCGUUAGAGUUUCCAGAUGGCACAACUCCAGUUACAUGCCGUGUCUCUGUAUAUGAUAGUUCUACAGACAAAAAAGUUGGUGUGGGAUCCUUAAUGGAUAGGGCAUCAGCUCCCCCGUUACCAGCAGGUAGCCUAUACAUGGAAGAGGUGCAUGUUAAGCUCGGGGAAGAAUUGUACUUCAUGGUUGGUGGCCAGCAUAUUCCUUUUGGUGCAUCACCACAGGAUGUUUGGACUGAAUUAGGUCGUCCUUGUGGAAUUCAUCAGAAGCAGGUUGACCAAAUGGUCAUUCACUCUGCCUUAGAUCCUCGUCCACGGACAACACUUUGUGGUGAUUAUUUCUACAAUUAUUUCACCCGGGGUCUGGACAUCUUGUUUGAUGGACAGACUCAUAAAAUCAAGAAGUUUGUUUUGCAUACGAACUAUCCUGGUCAUGCAGAUUUCAAUUCGUACAUAAAGUGCAAUUUUGUUAUUUUUGGUUCCAAUCUCGGAGGAUCUUUUCAGGAUGGAAAGUACAGGAUUACACCAAGUACCAAGUGGGAACAAGUAAAAGAAAUCCUUGGGGACUGUGGCCGGGCUGCCAUCCAAACACAAGGUUCGACAAGCAAUCCUUUUGGAUCUACUUUCGUAUACGGUUUUCAAAAUGUUGCAUUUGAGGUGAUGAAGAAUGGUUAUAUUGCAACCGUGACUCUCUUCCAGUCAUGAUUAUCAUAGCAUUCGAUCUAUGCUGGCGCUUCAAUGCAGCAAAAUCUAUUCUAUUCAAAUGAUCGUGGUGGGAAGCAAUGACAAAUGUAAAGUUUAUGUAAUCACUUGUAAAUUUCUGGUCGUAAUCAUGUAUUGUAUAUUCUGUAUUAUUAGAGUUUCAAGAGCUGCAAUGCUUUUUCCUAAUUCUCUCUCAUCAUUGACUUACAAGGUGUAUUGCUUCAAACUUGCACAUAAUAUCCAAGCAGUGAAAAUCAGUGUAUUUACACCA